AUGCGGCGAGCAACAAAUGUGCAGCCGCAUACAAAGCAAGCGCUCUCGCGUUUUUCACGGGUUCGACAGUCGUUCCGGAAAGGGGCACAAUCGGUAGGCACCGCUUUGCGUGAGGACGUCAGGGAAGGACUCAAACGGGUUCGAAAAGUCCCAAGAUGGGUACGGAUACUGAAAACGAUUUAUCACGAUUAUGGUUUGAAACAUGUGUGCUUGAUAUCAAUUCUUAUCAUAUAUCAAUUUAUUGGCGCUGGUGUAUUUUAUUUUUGCGAGGCAGGUUUUGAUGAAUCGAAAGAGAAGAUCUGGAAUAUCAGAAUCGAACGAAGUUUGUCAUUCGAAUAUUAUCCGUUGAUGUUCCAACAAUACCGACUACCUGUUUUUCAUCACGCAAGAGCAGACAAACGAGAAAAUCAUAAACCACUAGAGCCACAGGUGUCGGCCAAGCUUCAUGCCGAAGUGAGACGGUACGAGAAGCAACUUGGCAUCAAAUACACGGAUCAGAAGAUCAAAUGGGACUUUUGGAAUGCUAUGUUAUAUGCUCAGACUAUUUGCACAACGAUAGGAUACGGUCACCUCUACCCUUCAACAGUAUCUGGCCGAGUGUUCACCAUGAUCUAUGCUAUAUUCGGCAUUCCACUUGUAUUGUCAAUUCUCGACGACUUAGGUAAGUGCAGGUGCAAGACCUAUAACAACAGGUCUAGAAGAACUGCGCGGUUCAAUUUCUUCACAUAUUCCUGUUUACCUUAUGUCAGCUGA